AUGUUAAAGAGUGUGAUCAAAACCUUUAGGUUUUCUUAAUUCAAUACUAAAAUUGAUCAAAUUUAACACCAUACUUAUGGCCCAUUAUAGGAAAUAGAUUUUAAAUUGUUGAAUAUUCGCUAAACUACAUCCUUAAGGGAGAUCUAUUAUUCAUAUAUGAAACAUAUGAAAUUAUAUGAAAUUUAGCAAUAAGAAGAAAAAAUGGAAUUAAUUAAGAGAGCUUAUUUAAGGAUUUUGUCGAAACGAUUAAAUAAUAUAGAUGAAAUAACAGAAGAGGAAUAAAAGGAUUUAAGAUUCUUAAUGGACAAUAAUUUUGGUUUCCCAUUUGUUGAAGGAUUAAGAAGAUCAGAGAUGAUUGCAUAAUUUUAAGAGGAAAUAGAAGCCAAAAGGCUUUACCAUUAUCCCCGUAUAACAAUAGCUUUGCUUUGGAUAAUAUUGGGCAUUCCUAGUUUCUAUUAUAGUGACAAUUAUGUAUAUGAAAAAUGA